AUGGGAGAAGCAUACGCCCAAGAGUCGUAUUCCAAGUUCAAUCGGCACAAGGAGAGAGGAACCUACGAUGCCGAAACAAUCCACAACAUCAUCAAUACAACCAGCGUCCUGCACGUCUCCUUCACGGACCCCGCCUCACCGUUUCCCGUCGUGCUGCCCAUGAUCGGCCAGGUCGGCCAGUACGCUGAGGACACCGAGCCGCACCUCUACCUACAUGGCUACGUGUCGAGUCGGAUCAUGAAGGUGACGUCGUCGUCGUCGAACAACGACAACAGCGAGGAUGAACCCCAAGGGCUCCCCAUGACCGUCGCCGCGACCAAAGUCGACGGCUUCGUCCUCGCCCUGUCGCCCUUCAGCCACAGCUACAACUACCGCUCCGCCCUCGUCUUCGGCCACGCCACGCUGCUGCCGUCGUCGGAUGACCCGGAGACGCUCUGGGCCAUGGAGCUCAUCACGGAUUCGGUCGUGCCUGAGAGAUGGCAACACACCCGCGUGCCCCCCACCCCAUCCGAGCUCACGUCGACGCGCAUCAUCAAACUCCGCAUCGCGUCGGCGACGGCAAAGGUGCGCGUCGGGCCCGCCAGCUCCGAGCGGCGCGACCUCAAGGACCCGGACGUCGCGGGAAAGAUCUGGCAGGGCGUGGUGCCCGUGUGGGAGCAUUUCGGGGAGCCGGUGACGACGAUCGAGGCGAAGGCGGCGGGCGGAGGGGUGGCGGUGGUGCCCGAGCAUGUGCGUCGGUUCGUCGAGGCGGAGAAUGCGAAUGCGGAGGAGUAUGCGGUGGGGGCGGCGACGGCGACGGAGAAGCAGGGAAAAGAGGAGGAGGGGGAGGAGGAGGAUUGA